UGUUUUCUGUGUUUCAACUUUGGAAGCUGGGGACCAGGCCCUGCUUCUUUACUCGUUUUUCGUGUCUACAGCAGAUAUGAAACGACUUGCCAAUCGUGUGACACACUUGCGCGGCGAGGAAUGAGUUAUAAAUUAUGGGGUUUUUCUUCUCUGGGUUCAAUCACAACCUUUUCUUUACCAUCCUCUGAGGAUGUUUCCUGUUUACAUGUUCAUUAUGGUUUUCCUUGUGUGGGUUGGGAAUGGAAAUGGGCACAAGGGUGAUUGUCCGAUGUGGUUUGAUUGUGGAAACCAUGGGAAAUUCGGUUACCCUUUCACCACGCUACAACGCCAAGAUUGUGGCAUAUGGCCAAUCCAUGGUUGUGAUGAUCAGAAUCCAAAGUCAGGGCAAGGGGUAACGUUAAAGAUCGGAUCAAGGUGGAUUAGGGUUACAAAUUUUGAGAUGCAAUGGACUGGUACUACUGUCUACUUCAUUGAUGAUCAUCUCAAUAAUCUCUUGCAAUCCGAUAGUUGUGAGACAUUCAACCACAAUAUUUCACUCCCUGCCACCUCUCCCUUAGGUUACUUCACUAUCAACAACAACAUAACCCUUUUCAAGUGUAACCGCACCCGCCAUGUUAAGACCCCCAGAACAUUCCUCAAAAACACAAGCUGUGACUAUGACAUCUUCAUUGGGCCUCCACACCCUGAUGAUGUGUCUCACAAUUCUCUAGCUUCCUCCUGUUCAAUGGUUCAGCUUCCCGUCAAUGGCUAUGCAGUCUCUGCAAAUCCCUUUGCAUUCUUAACUGCUGACAUUCCCCUGCAGUUCCAUCCGUCAGAUGAGUGCAUGCACUGUUUGGGUCGCAGAAGCCAUUGUCGCCUCGACAACCAACGAAACCUUCAUUGCGCCACAAGGAAGGAUAAAAGUCCAUCUUGGAAGCUAGGAUUAAUAAUAGGUAUAGGUGCUGGACUAUGCAAUGUAAUAACAUUGGUGUUGAUCCUCACAUUACGGCGCUGCGAAGGUAAAUAUGGUGGUGCACUAGCUCUGUUCCGAUCAAGACACGGUGCUGAUCCUCACGACAAUCCCGACUUAAUGGCAGAUAGGAUCUUCUUUGGAGUACCCGUCUUCUCUUAUAAGGAGCUUCAAGAAGCAACAAACAAUUUUGACCGCAACAGAAAGCUAGGGGAGGGAGGAUUCGGAAGCGUUUACUAUGGUAAACUCGAAGAUGGACGGGAAGUUGCAGUGAAAUUCUUUUUCGAGAACAACUACAGGAGAGUGCAACAAUUUAUGAACGAAAUUGAGAUUCUCACUCACCUGCGACACAGGAACCUCGUCUCCCUCUACGGUUGCACUUCGCGUCACAGCCGUGAGUUACUGCUUGUGUACGAAUACGUCCCAAACGGCACUCUUGCUUGCCAUCUCAAGGGAAGGGACAAGUUGCUGACGUGGCCAAUUCGGAUGCAAAUUGCGGUGGAGACCGCCACUGCCUUGGCUUAUCUCCACGCUUCCGACAUCAUUCACCGCGACGUGAAAAGCAGCAACAUUCUACUUGACACAAAUUUUAUGGUUAAGGUGGCCGAUUUUGGGCUUUCGAGGUUGCUUCCGACCGAUGCAAGCCACGUGUCAACGGGUCCGCAGGGGACUCCGGGGUACCUUGACCCUGAGUAUUUCCAGCACUACAAGCUGACGGACAAGAGUGAUGUAUUUAGCUUUGGGGUUGUGGUGUCUGAGCUGAUAUCCUCGUUGCCUGCGGUUGAUGCCGGCAGGGAAAGUGAUGAGAUCAACUUGGUGAGUCUUACCAUAAAGAAGAUUCAAAAUGGGAAACUCAGUGAGUUGGUGUGCCAAUCGCUUGGUUUUGAAUCAGACGAAGAAGUGAGAAGGACGGUGAGUUCAGUGGCGGAAUUGGCCUUCCUGUGUGUACAAGGAGACAGGCAAUUAAGACCUUCCAUGGAUGAAGUUCUGGAAACACUGCAGAAAAUUCAAACUGGGAUUGGUGAGUGUGAAAUGUAGGAAAAAGAGGGAAAUGGUAUUACUAAAAAUUACUUUUAUUCUUCAAAGAAAUAAAAGACAGUAUCAAAUUAGUGUAAAAAAAAAAAGGAAACUUAAUAUGAAAUUACCAUUCUCUAAUAACAUUUUUUUUUUGUCUAUAAGAAACCACUGUU